UUAUGAGUCUUCUAUUCAUUAUAAUUCACUGCGGCUUUGACAUUUUUCCCUAAAACAUAACAAAAAUCUCUCAGGCACUAAGAGAUCAUGCUGUUUUACCUCAGCGAUUAUUUGUGAGCUAUGGCGGAUCCGUUGAAGCACCAACUAAAGAGCCGAUGCCCAAGCAGCACAUCCACGGUCCCCAGCAGAGGCCUCUUGUGAGGAGGGAGCUGGAGACGGCCAUCCAGGCACCCUUGGCGGUGCCCGCGACCCGGCGUGUGCGGCGAGGCCGCGGGCAGCGGGACCCUGAGCGCCGGCCGGCGGCGGCGGGAGGAUGAACGGCACCCGCGCCCGGGCCAGCCACCGCGCCCAGCCGGUGGUGAAGAGCGUGCUGGUGUACCGCAACGGGGACCCUUUCUUCGCGGGGCGCCGCGUCGUCAUUCACGAGAAGAAAGUGUCCAGCUUCGACAUCUUUCUGAAAGAGGUGACGGGCGGCGUCCAGGCGCCCUUCGGGGCCGUCAGGAAUCUCUACACCCCGCGCACCGGGCAUCGCAUCCGUCAGCUGGACCAGAUCCAGAGCGGGGGCAACUACGUGGCUGGGGGCCCGGAGGCCUUCAAGAAACUCAAUUACUUGGACAUAGGAGAAAUCAAGAAAAGACCUAUGGAAGUUGUUAAUACAGAGGUGAAACCAGUAAUCCACAGCAGGAUAAAUGUGUCAGCUCGAUUCAGAAAACCUCUUCAGGAACCCUGUACUAUCUUCCUCAUAGCAAAUGGAGACCUCAUAAGCCCAGCUUGUCGCCUCCUCAUCCCUAGAAAAGCCUUGAAUCAGUGGGAUCAUGUCCUACAGAUGGUCACAGAGAAAAUAACUCUGAGGAGUGGGGCUGUUCACAGACUUUAUACUUUAGAAGGAAAACUUGUUGAAAGUGGGGAAGAAUUGGAGAAUGGACAGUUUUAUGUGGCUGUCGGCAGAGAUAAGUUUAAGAAAUUGCCUUACAGUGAAUUACUUUUUGACAAGUCAACAAUGAGAAGGUCUUAUGGUCAGAAAGCUUCUUCACUGCCUCCUAUUGUAGGAUCCAGAAAGUCUAAAGGGAGUGGAAAUGAUCGCCAGUCUAAGUCAACUGUAGGAUCCAGUGACAACUCAUCUCCUCAGCCCCCAAAGAGGAAAGGGAAAAAAGAGGAUGUGAAUCUAGAAAGACCCACAAAAGGGAAACAAAAUCUGAAGUUAAAGAAUUCAGCACAAACAAUUCCAAAUAGUGAUGAAGGCAUUUUCAAAGCUGGAGCAGAGAGAUCUGAAACACAGGGGGCAGCAGAAGUCCAAGAAGAUGAAGAUACUCAAGUUGAGAUUCCAGUGGAUCAGAGGCUAGCAGAAAUAGUAGAUGAGGAAGAAGAUGGAGAGAAAGAAAGCAAGGAUGCAGAAAAGAAAGAAGAAUCUUCAGGAAUGAAUGGUGAAGUUGAAGCGGAAGGAGGUGAAGAGGCUACAGCUGCCUCUGAGCAGGCUGAGGAGAUGCCGGGGCACCAGGAUGAGCAGGGAGGUCCUGUGCGUGUCAGUGGAGGCACCAAUGAAGAAAAUGGUGAGGAACUGGAUCAGGUCAAUAAUGAGCUUCAAGAGGCAGUGGAGAAGGAAAUAAAGUCUCAAGGAGCACCUGACAAUGAACAAGAGGAGGCUGACUCAGACCCUCAAAGACCACCAAGGCCAGAAGUAAAGAUCACUGGUCCACAGGAAAAUGAUGACAAUGAACAAAGCAAGGACUAUGCUGUUGUAGCAUAAAUGACUUUUAAAAAGAGAGUGUGGUCAUAAGAAAAAUGAAGGGUUAUAAUACUUGAAUAACACAUAUAGUUAUUGCUAAACAUAACACAAGAGUGGGGUUAAAAAUUACUUACUGGAUUGUAAAAUUAGAGACCUAAUGGAAAGAUUAGGUAAAUUUGAAUAGCUACUGAAGGAGAGUGGCUUCUUAUGGGAUGUGUUCUUCCAAGUCACUUUAAGUAAAGUAAGAGAAGAGGGGUAGAGGAGAAUCUGACCAGGAGGCAGUUGGGAUCUGGUUUCUGUGAAGAGUGAAGAAAUGGGAUCACUCCUGUUGCCUAGUUUCUUACAUAGUUAGAAGUGAAGUUCUUAGAUGGCAGCAUAUGCUAAAGCACUUACCUGAGAAGGCAUAGUUUUAAAUGAUAAUGGGAAAGCAUGUAUUAUUUUUAAGCAAUAACUCUUGAAUAAACAAAUUAUAAUUUAGUUUCAGAGAAAAUUUGAAGAUGGCAAUAGAUUGAAAUGUUUCCAUGACUUGUUGACAUCCUGUUCUUUCUUCCUCCUUAACCAGAAUCCGCCUAAAAAGAAUUAAAAAGAAUGUGAGGGAUUCAUUUUGGAAGGAGGAAGUAUUCAUUUAGUGUAUUAGUGAUUGAUAUUGUCAUGUUCCUUCCUUAAGUGCUUCAGGUUUAGUCCUUGUGGCUUUCAGGAUGGAAUUAUAAAGAAACAUCCAAUUAUAUUACUGAGGCUGGCUGGAUGGUUUGCAAAUUCCUAGUAUCCUAUGGAUUUUCACUGGCCCAGUCUAUCUUUACCAGUAAUAUACCUCUCUACUUCCUCAUGGUAGGAAACUCAAUAUUGGCUGUUCCAAAGACUGAAUUUUGCAAAAGGAAAAUGUAGGCUUAUGAUGAGUUUCUCAUGCUCAAUUUCACUUGCUUUUUGCCUUAUUUCUGUUAGCAGACUGUCUUGUUACAUUUUGUCCCUAAGGAUAUCAGCAAAUACUUAUUUUCAAGCCAGUUACAGCUAGACUUUCUAGCAGAUUCCUUUCCAUAUAAUUAGAAAUUAUCUGAUAGAAAUUAUAGAAAAAAGUUUAAAAUUGCUAUAAUGAAACUAGUUCCAAAUUACUAGUUUGUGGGAUUAGUAACUCACAAUUGCCUUGUUAGAUAUAUAUGGGGAAAAACAUAAAUAAUAUUUUUGUUAUAUAGAAAUGAUCAUUUGAAAUUUAAGCUGCUAGUGUUUUCAUAGAAUUCAUUAUUAACUAUAAGUUUAAAAAUUUCCCCUCCAGGUUUUAUAACCAACUGCUUGGAAUCAGAGUAGUUAUAUAAAAUACUUAAUAAUGCUAUAGAAAAUGGAUAUAUUUUUCUUAGCAGCUACUUCAAUAUUUUCCACAAAUAGGAAGUGUAAGUGGAGGCUAUAAUGUAACAGUAUUAGAAAGAGAUAAUGAUAUGAGUAUAUUAAUCUGGGAGGUUGAAUUAUAGAUGAGGCACUAUAUUUCUAGCUUAAAAUCUAGAUCGUGCUGUCUACUAGUACGCUUAUUGUCAAAUGGGACGAUAAAAUCACCAUAGAUGCCAAGCGACAGUCUUGUGUUGCUAGGGAAGUAGAUUACCUGGUUUUUCAAUGUUAAAUUCCCAUACUGGGCCUGGGUUAAUGAUUUUAAAUCAUCUAUAAAAAUAAGGGAUUAAAUAUAAGAAAUUAUAUAACUAAUUAUCAAGGCAAUUUUUUCCUUCUCUUUAAUGAGAUUUUCCUCUGUUUUCCUUUCAAUAAAGAUAUUGUCUUGUUUUUCCCCUUUCCUUCAUUAUCCUAUAAAGCUUAGGUUUUCAGGAGCUUUUAAAAAUCAUAUUAAAGGAGAACUAUGUUGUUUUACAUUAAAAAAAAAGUUUUGUAAUUUUUUUGCAAAGUUUUGUAUUUCACAUAUGUUUCAAGAAAAUGAUAGGCCACAACUGUGUUCUAACUUGAGGGAACGAACAACUAGUAAUCACUUUAAAAAAAGA